CGCGUCUCCUCACCUCAAUACAAAGUCUUUAGAGAAGUUCUUUAGAAACGGCUUCAGCGCGUGAUUCGCUUAAUCACAUACAAAAAAAGCCUCUUAACAAACAGACACUCCGUUCUUAAAACCACACCAAAACAAUCCAAACAACAAACAACAAACACAAACCGCAAAGGCAAACAAAAAUCCCAAAUCAAAAACAAGAAAAGACGUCCCGAACGUUAAUGGGGUUCUUGUUUUUUUCCUAAAAAGAAAAAAAAAACUAUCCCUUUAAAGAGAAACUCUCAAAGGGGCCAAAUAUCCUUGGUUUUGAUUUGUGGAUCUGUUAUUAUUAUUUGGUUUUUGUGUUUUUUUGAUUCAGAAUGGAGGGUGAGAAGCAGAAGAAGAAGUUCAUUACUUCUGAGGAGCUGAAAGAUCACAACAAGCCAGGGGAUUUGUGGAUCUCUAUCCAGGGUAAGGUUUAUGAUGUCUCUGAGUGGGUUAAGGAUCACCCUGGCGGGGAUGCGCCUCUCCUGAAUCUGGCUGGUCGGGAUGUCACUGACGCUUUCAUAGCCUACCAUCCGGGCACAGCCUGGAAAUAUCUCGACAAGUUCUUCACUGGCUAUUAUCUCAACGAUUUCAAUGUCUCAGAGAUUUCCAAAGACUACAGAAGGCUUGCUAGCGAGUUUUCGAAACUUGGGUUGUUUGAGAAAAAGGGUCAUGGGAUUAUGUGCUCCUUGACUUGUGUAGCUAUUAUGCUUUUUAUUGCUUUUUAUGGAGUUUUGUGUUGUGAGAGUUUUUGGGUGCAUAUGGGUUGCGGUUUCUUGUUGGGGUUUUUGUGGAUUCAGAGUGCUUUUGUGGGUCAUGAUUCCGGGCAUUACCAGGUCAUGACCAGCCCGAAAUACAACAGGUUGGGUCAGGUUUUGGCUGGGAAUUGCCUUACUGGGAUCAGCAUUGCGUGGUGGAAAUGGACUCAUAAUGCCCACCAUAUUGCCUGCAAUAGCCUUGACCAUGAUCCGGAUCUUCAACACAUUCCUGUCUUUGCUGUCUCCUCAAGUCUGUUCCAUUCGAUUACAUCGUGUUUUUAUGGAAGGAAGUUGAAGUUUGAUUCUCUGUCCAGAUUCCUGGUUAGUUAUCAGCACUUGACAUUUUAUCCUGUUAUGUGUGUGGGGAGGAUCAAUCUCUUUAUACAGACAUUUUUGCUCUUGUUCUCAAGAAGGAAUGUGCCAGAUAGAGCAUUCAACAUAAUGGGGAUCCUUGUGUUUUGGACUUGGUUUCCUCUCCUUGUUUCCUUUUUACCCAAUUGGCAGGAGAGGAUUUUGUUUGUUCUUAUCAGCUUCGUAGUGACAUCAGUUCAGCACAUCCAGUUCUGCUUGAACCAUUUCUCCGCGGACACUUACCUCGGAGCACCAAGCGGGAACGAUUGGUUCCAGAAGCAGACGAGCGGGACUCUGGACAUUGCUUGCUCGCCUUGGAUGGAUUGGUUUCAUGGAGGGCUGCAGUUUCAGCUCGAGCAUCACUUGUUCCCGCGCUUGCCGCGGUGCCAACUGAGGAAGAUCUCUCCUAUUGUGAGGGACCUUUGCAAGAAGCACAAUUUGCCUUACAGGAGUUUGUCCUUUUGGGAUGCCAAUGUUUCCACCAUUCGGACUCUGAGGAAUGCUGCCCUUCAGGCUAGGGAUCUGAGUAACCCUGUUCCCAAAAACUUGGUUUGGGAAGCUGUUAAUACUCAUGGCUGAAGAGUGUUACAAUAUUAGGGAGAGGCAUUUUCAAGAUCUUAUUUUCCUUUUUUUUUUUUUUUUUCACACCAGUAUUUGAUAAUUAUUUUUUUUCCCUUUAAUAAGUUCUGAUGAGCUUUUGAUGAUGACUGUCAAUUCUUUGCGGCCUUGAACAUGUUAUCAUUUUUGUUUACUGCA